GGAAAGGAUCCAAAACAUACCCACUCUCUCCAUUCCGAUGCGGGCGCUGGCCCACCUCCUCCCCUGCGCAUAGAAUGGAUUGGUCAACCCUCCCCGGCGACCUCCUCCGCCUCGUCUCGGGCCGCCUCCACGACCCGCUCGACUUCCUCCGCUUCCGCGCCGUAUGCCGCUCCUGGCGCUCUGCCGCCGCCGCUUCCUCCCCUCCCCGCUUCCUUCCCUGGCUCCUCGCCCGCCCUGCCCACCCCACCGCUGCCCUCUCCUUCUUCUCGCUCUCUGCCGGCGCCACCCGCUCCGUCGCCGCCCCCUCCGCCGCGCAUCGCAUCCUCGGCCCUACCCGCUCCCACCUCCUCCUCUCCGACACCACCCACGACCACCUCCUCCUCCUCAACCCCCUCACUGGCGCUCGGCUCCCCCUCCCAGACUCCCCUUUCCCCGCCUCCAGCCCCGUCAUCCAGGGCUACCGCGUCUCCGGCACCGACUCGUCGGCCCCCGUGGUGCUCUACAACGCCAAGAAGCUCUUCUUCCACUUCCGCCACCCGGACCCGGCCAGCGGUGAACCAACAAAUUCUGUAGGUAGUUGGACGGAGGUGCCGAUGCCGGGGCUCGUCGCCGAGAACAUGUACCACGACGGGAAGGUAUUCGUGUGCGACGAGCACGGCCACAUCACGGUCUUCGACGCUGCUACGCUGGCCGUGGUCGGGGCCGUGCCGCCGCCGCCGGUGGUGAAGGUUGCUCUGUGCAGGGAUGCCUUCAAGUGCAUUGCCUUCGUGCCGUCCGGAGACGAGCUGCUGUGCGUGAUCCGGUACUUCGGCAGGGAUGGUCAGGGGGAGUUGUUGGAGGAUUGCGGCGGGUUGGAGGUGUACCGGCUGGAGAUGGAGAUUGGGAGAGGGGAGGGGGAAUCACCGUCGCCGCCGCGGUGGGUUCAGAUGAGGAGCAUUGGUGAUAGGAUGCUGUUUGUUGGACUCUACCAGGGGUUUUCUUUCAGAGCGGUGGACUUCGCGGGGUUUAAGGGGGAUUGCAUCUAUUUCUUUAAGCUGGAGAUGGCCAAGAGAUCUUGCAUCUACAGGUUUAGCAUGGAGGAUGGCCGCACCGAAGAGCUGCCUGGCCCGUGGAUGCAUGCUUGCACUUGGUUCGUGCCGAGCUUGUCUUAGCCCUCAUGGACGAGUGAGUACCAUAUGACGCUACAGUUCCAUGCGUGAAUAGUAAGGUGGCGGCCAUGGCUGCAGCCCCUGAAAUCCCCAUGUAGCGUCGACAUCCCUUCAUGUGAGAGCACCAAGUCCCUUGUUUGGAGCAGCAGCAGCGACGUUGUGGUUGAUGUCGAUGAUGAUCACUGGUGGCAAUGUGGUUGCAACGUUGGCGGCGCCGUUGCCGCCACUCGGGCAUAAUGUCGAACACCUGGCAGGUGGCUCGGUGUCGAUGAUGGUGUUCGCUUUCGCCGCAGCUGCAGCAGCAGUGUCACCCGCAGUGUUGAUGGUGGAAUGCGUCGGCGGGGCAGCUGUUGUGUCGCCCGAGGCCUCCAUAGAUGCCGACGUCUGCACCGGUGAAGGAGCUGCUGCACUGGAUGACAUGCUGAUUUGUUGGCUUACGAUAUGUUGGCAAACGGCAAGAAAGAGAACCAGCAUACAGCGGCUUCCAUGGGGCUGUUAUCUGAUGAACACAAACAGCUACAGCGAAGGGUAUGUUCUGUCUCUGUCCCACUCCCGCCCAAAGUGUAAUUGGUUUGGUGCUGAGAAGAAUUGCAGAAAAGAGACUACGGCUACUAUGUUGCGCGGUAUGUGGGCCUUGUGGAUAUCACACAAUAACAAGACUCCAUGGAAAGGGAUCCCCAUCACUUUUACAGUGCAUCAACUGGGCACGAGAUACAAUCGCAGAGUUGCUUGACACUUGUGCAAGGAAUUCUGGUGAGACAUCAAGUAGAGCAAAGCCAGGGUAUUGGAAACCAGUGGAGAUAAGGUGGAUGAAAGUGAAUGAUGUCGGUGCGUUUGAGGCUGAACAACAUCAUUUUUUCCAUGGAUGUGAUCAUGAGAGGUGAAGCGGGUGCUUCCCAACUUGCUGGAGCCUGGAGCAGCAUGGCUUCCUCAUGUUUCUAGGUGGCCUGAUUUAGCAAACAGGUGACAAGAACAGCGGACUGUUGUAAAAUCUGACAUGCAAUUACGGAUGAAGUGGAAUUUCAGCAGUCAAACACCGAGCAGAGCAGAAUAUCUCCAAUUCAAGUGAAAAUAGAAGAGCUUAGCAGGAGCUUUGUUUUGUGCAACAAGACAAACUCAGCUGCUCAUCUUUGUGCGAAAGAGGCCAAUCAUUCUGUUAGUCUGUGACCGGGGUUUUUUAACAGUGUGCUUGAAUGCCGAUUGCAAUGUUGCUAAUCAAAGUAUAAGUUCCCUGAGGUAAAAAAAGAGAAGAAAAUUUGAUCCUUCUACCAUUGAUUUGGCGAUUGAGUCAUCAUAUCAACUGUAGCAACACCUGAACAAUAUCUGCAACUCUUCUGGUUUCAGGUAUCCAUGGGCACUCUGCCUGAUCUAUAUAGAAGGAAAUACUGCUUUUCCAUCGCAAAACUGGAGGGGAAAUAAGAAUCUUCAGAAUCUAAAGUUUGGAGUGGUGAGCUCAAGUGACUGACAGGUGCUUGAAUCAAAUCCUUGCAAGUUGAAAACACACAGCUGUUCCUUUGCCUUGCAAGUUGAAAGCACAGUAGUCCUCCCUUUGUAUUGCCGUAAUAAUAUGCCUCCAAAAAAUGUCAAUAACUGUGCCGCAUGGAGGUUUUGUGGACUGAAUUUCCAUCUCGUAGUGUCAAUUGUACCAGCAAGCAAUCCGCACCUUUUGCAGCUGGAACUUGGUGGCCACCCUCCGAUCUCGUUCUCGUCCGCGAAAUCUUGAGAUAGUACAAACUGGGGAAGCAUAGGUCACAAUCAGAAUUGGGAGGGCAACACCAACAUGGACAGUAAGCCGCCACAUCACAGCCGUUCCCACCUCUGCCUUCGCCAUCGUGGUUGUCGUCAUCAUCAUAGUAAGAUCACAAUCCACAGAUACCAUCGCAAAUCUUAAUCCCUCUCAGGACAAAGCAUUGCUUACCCCACCACACAUUCAGCAAUCCAUCCAGGGAAGUGGGGAUCCGGCAAGUUGCACCCAAAAGAAAGUGUAACAAGGUG